AUGAUGCCAUUUCUGAAAAAUAUGUACAGAAGGUGUAGGGAGCAGAUCGCACGAAAGCUGACCAUUUCGAGCAAGAGGAAGAUCUACAUCAUUAACAACAGCUUGUUUUUGUCCUUCGUUCUCUUCUACAUUUCCUACUUUUUCUUCAUCAAUGGGAUUAUUAACCCAGCGGUUAAGAUCGUCUUUCACGGAAAUAUCAUCGCGGACAGCACACAGGUGUACGAAAAUUCCAUCCUCGAGUCAAUAUGGAUGCUGUUCACGAGCAAGAGUUACUUCAACAUGGCCAUGCUGCUGUUCUUUUCGAUAAUUAUCCCCAUUUUGAAGUUUAUAAUGGUGAGCGACAAUUUUUACUGCUUCUUCAAAUUGUAUAAUUUGAAUCUGCAGCAUGAAGAGGAAGAAAAGGAUGAGGAGGAGGAUGACAUUUUUUUUAUUAACACUGUAAACGAAAAUGAGCAAUUUAUUUUGAAAAAAUUCAGCAUCCUGAGUUCCAUUUCGAGGUUUCAGUUUGUGGACGUGUUAAUAUCUCUCUUCAUCGUGUCCUCUUUAAAUCUGUAUUUUUUGGAGGCAAAGAUCCUAAGUGGAGCAUACCAUUUUUUAAACUACUGUCUGUUGUCGACUGUUUCUUCUUUCUUCCUGCUUACUCUAACGUCACUUAAAAUUCAUAUAUUUAAAAAGGGGAAUAUAAAAAUAUAUUCGUUGCCUGCGGAGAGGCGUCUAAGUGUGAGGACUAAUCUGCAUCAGGAUAUACGGGAGAGUAGAGAGUUGGAUUACGUUAAGAGGGAAAGGGUGGUACCCCAUGGGCAGUUGAGGAACGGGGAGGAUGACCCAACCAUUAGUGAAGUGAAUAAAACUCGUUUGACACGUAGAGGAGGAGGGGAAGACCUCGAGGAAGAAGAGGAGGAACAUGACAGUAAUGGGGCAAACAAUUCAGAGCAGCGUGAUUCCGCUUUACAAAAGGGAGCGGAAUGGACGAAGGGUCUUACAAAGAACAACCGGAGAGGUGGGAAAAAAAGAGUUUCCCAUGAGGGGAGGCACUCCCGAGAAGAUCAUCUAGGAGGAGCGACAGGAAUAGUUGAUCAUCGUGGAAUGUACCAUCAUGAUCUUUCCAUUCCGAGUGUGCACCAGAGAGGGGCACAUUCACGUGAAAUUCACUACAACGGAGGAAUGCAUCGAGGGAGUGGUAGAUGGAAAGGAGAAGCAGAGUUUAUGGCAUAUGACCAUGAGGAUAUUAAUAGUAUCUUAAAUGAAAGAGGAGCACUCCGUCAAAAAAAUGUAAAUCUGGAACCAACUCCAUUCCAACCACACGAAAGGUAUGAGAAGCAACUCCUAUGUUAUAACAAGCUCCAAACGUUAAACAAUAUAAACUACCUAUACAAGGUGAUGAAAAAUAAUGACGCGUAUAUAUAUUUAAAAAAAAAAAAAUUUAAUUCGUUAUUGAAGACCAACUUCCAUGAAUGCAGAUUGAACAAAAUCAAAAUAGGGUAUGCGUGUUUUCUAUUUCUCUUCCUCUGUCUGUGUGUAUAUUUAAUAACGGCGGUGGAAUGCAGCAUGGUGGGUAUAUAUAUCUAUCUCAGUUACUUCAACUUUAACGUGGAGGGAAUAUUAAUCGAUUUUAUUGACAUGCUCAACAUUUUAAAGCUGAAGAUAAACAAGAGUUACAUUUACCCCUUCUUCGUCAUGUUACCAUUUAUCUUCCCUGUAAUUAUUGGAGUGUCUUUUUUUUUGAGUGUCUUAUUUAUGAACCUAUAUUAUGUGAAUUUUUCUCGUGGGUACAAGAAAAUGUGUGCGUUGAAUGACGAGUUGGUGUUCAGUCCUGAGGUGGAGGAUAAUCAGAAGAUGAUGGUCUCAGAACGUUACAAUUACUUAUAUAUAAAGAAAGAGAUCGAGAAGAAUGAUCGUCUAUCGAAUACGUCAGAUGAUCUCACUUCUCCAAAUAACAGUACCAUUUCGAGUAGCAAAAGUGAAGAUAUAAAUACUAGCUUUAUUUUCAAUAGGAUGUUAAAUUUUUAUUUUUCUCUCUCCGUUUUUUUCACCACUAUUUGUUCCUUCUGUAUGCAUAUAUCGUUAGGAGAAAUAAUUUCCAUUUCCUUGUUGACCUUCUAUCAGAUAGUAAAGCACACACAUAAUUUGAAUAUUCUCGUUUUAUACAAGAGCAACACUGUAAAAUUUUGCAAAUUUCUUUUGUUCGCUGUGUAUGGUCUGUUGUGUCUUUCGAUCAAUCUGUAUGUCCGUCAGUGGGAGUUGUAUGUGAAGAAAUUGAAGAAGACGAAGAAGAGGAUCACUCUUUUUCAAAAUAAUCGAUAUAGCGAAAUUGUGGAUUUGAAUAUCCAGAAACAUGAGCACUGGCAUGUGCCCAUUUACUCCUACUUCUUUCAGUUUUUGUUGAAGAAGGAACACUUUUUUUCCUCCUCGAUGAAGCAUAAUCACAUUACUAAGGAGCACACGGACACUGUACAAACUAUGAUGAUGCAUCGCGUGUAUGAGAAUGACACCAGCCUGGGGUAUCAGAACACGCGCGUGGACAACGACGAGAUCAAUGAGUUUAACUUGAUUUCGGAUAGGGACUCCCAGCUCAGCGCCGAGGAGGGGCAAGCGCAGGGCGAAGCGACAGUAGCGGCGACAGCGGCAGCACGAACGGAAGUGCCAAGGGAAGUGCCAACAGAAGCACCAACGGAGGUGCCAAGGGAGGCACCAAGGGAAGCAGCAACGGAAGCACCAACGGAAGCACCAGCGGGAGUACCAACGGAAGUACCAACGGGAGUACCAGCGGAAGUGCAUGCAGGGGUGGGAAGCCCCGAUAAAGAUGAAUGCUUUGUGAACAGCGGCACAGCGCGCAUCCCGCGAAGUGCACCCAGUGAUGGUUUGGGGGUCGGUGAAAAGGGACAACACCCCUCAGCAGAGGUGGAGGAACAAGAGGAAGGUGAGGACUCCCCCAGAGUACUGGCCGUCGCGGCGGAAUCUGAAAGUUCAGACGCCCCGGGCAGAGGAGAAAACGCCAACGAGGGGGUAAUGACUAUCUAUGGAGGAGAAAACCAAGUAGACGAAACCGAAUCGGGAGAAGCCUCCAAAAAAGGGACAACAUUUAAGAGUGACCCGAAGGGAUACUUGAAAAAUUUUAUGCCAAUAAAAUCCAUUUUGCUAUUCCACCUGGAGAAGAGGAAGAAGAAGAACAAGGGUGGUGGAGGAGGAGGAAAAGGUUUUGGAGGUUUUGUUGGAAGACUGCUGAGGAAAGCACUAGGAUUGGGAGCUUCAGAAAGAGUAUCACUAGUGUUUAUCCUCCUUCACGGAUUUCUUUUUGUGUUAAUUAUUAUCACCACGUUCAUGGUGUUCUUUAAGAGGGAGGGCAUAUUCCGGUUCAACAUUAAUGCAGUGAAUAAAAGACUUAACACAUUUUUUAAGUCAGCCCAUUUUCAUUCGCUUAUUCCAAACAGCAUAGGGAAAUGCAAAACGAAGAAAUACCUAGCAAAGGAGCCCUGUUACAAUGUCGGGCAUAUCUAUCACGAGGAGAAGACAUUUUACCAUGCCACCUUGCUCUUUUUGCAAGGAAUUAGUUCUAUCAAAAUAGCGAAUCUUCAUUUUUAUUAUGACAAAGGAAAGUAUAACUUAAUCCUGGAUGGUUACUUUAAGCAUAUAAUUGGCCCACUUUUUUUAAAGCUCUGUAUCGGAACGAAUUUCUGUCCUAUCAGCACCUAUGCCUUCCUUAUUGGAAGCAAACCCACCUUCUCUAUUACCAUGUCUGCUCACUGUAAUGAUAGGAAGCCUCCCAACUAUAUUACAGACAUUGUAGUGAAGGACUUGAAGAUAACAAAAAUUGAGGUCAUCAAACACAAUGACAUAAUUGAAAACGUAGAUAUUCAGCUGGAUGAUGUACAGGAGCGCGUACAGGAGAAGGUAAACAGCAUGCUCGCUGAACGUAAGCGAUUCAUCCUUUGGAAGAGCCACAAGUACAACUUGGAAGGAUUUAUAAACUACUUAAUUUCGAAGAACGCCCUGGCUGGCUUUUCCUGCAAGCCAAUGAAUUACCACGAGCUGUGA